GCUCUCAUCCCUAUGUCAAACAUGGCGUCCUACUGACAGGGACGCGUAGAAUUUUUGUUUCUCCAAUUUGACUAAAAUAUACCACAAUAAUAAUAACUAAGCAUAGAUACAACAGUCCGGGUUGGACUUGUUAUGGCAACACAAAACAGUUACAAACAAAACUCAUCAAUGUCGAUGCCAAGUCCUCAGAACAAUCCGCGUUUGUAUUAUUUUUUCAUAAUAUUAUAAAUAGUCUAGAAUUUAGAGUAGUAGUGUUUUGUAAAGUAUAUGAUUGAUAUAGAACAUAGAGCUUGGAACCUCUAUGAUAAAAAUAUUUACUGUAAAAAGAAUAAAUAGAAUUCAUGCAUCAAUUAAAGUAUAGUGUUGUGAUUGUUGUUUAGAAUGUUAGAUACUAACUUACUAAAAUGCAAUAAUGCCAAGUAUAUGCCAUUGCAAGCUUAGCAGGGCUGAUUUCUUGGUAAUGCUGGUAUCUAACUGCGUUCAAUCUUCAGCAUGAUUCCAACUAUGCGCUUUUUCAAAAGUUUUGUAGUAUAAUGAUCUUUUGUUUCCAUUGAUUUCAAAUUUCCUUGCAUUUAUACUUACAUUGUUCUCUUAUGUUGGUUUUGUUUCAUGUUUUGUUAUGUUGAAACAGACUACAUGAUUGCGGGGCCCCCAAUGAGUUUCGGUAUGAUGAAAGGUAAUACAAAUGUCUGAUUAUAUUACUUUUUGUUUUCAAAAUUGUUCUCACCCGCUCAUCUGUUGUGGAUCUAGGUAUUCUGUGGGGAUAUAUAUUAUUAUGUUACAGCACAAAUUUUUACUCGUUUCCACAUCACAAGCCAUAUAUUUUUUACUUUGCCAUUUUUUUAUUUCUAUACUUUACUCUUUUAUUUUCUUUAACUAUGCUAUUUUGAGCCUACUAAAUUAUUUUACGCUGAUACUUACCGCUCGCUGUACUAAAUUUCUUUUUAACAUUUACAUAAAAUUAUAUUAGUUGCAUAUUUGUUUAUCUUUUGUUUGCCCUCGCCCGUAUCCUGUCCUAUCCCUUAUGCUUUUGUUUUUUCUUUCAUUGUAUUGCCGCCCCGCUGCUUGGCUUGAAGGCGGUAUGAAUGCACCGCCGCCGCACCAUAACCAAUACCACUACCACCCGCAAUACCAGGGUGGUCAGAUGGGCCACCCAGGUGGGUACGGAGGGUGGCCACAGAGCCAACCGCAACAGCCACGUUUCGGUGCAGAGAGCGCGCGGCGCACCGCCACAGGUGGCUCCGGCGGAGGCCAGUCGGCCCAGUCUGGGAAGGAUGAUAAAACAAGCCCGUUUGUGUCUACCUUACACUCGCAUCCUGGAUUCCAACCGCAGAAGAUUGGCAAAGGCGCUGGUGCAGGCGCCGGCCUACCAAAACCACCGAAGCCACCAGAAAAACCUUUAAUGCCAUACAUGAGAUACUCCCGCCGAGUGUGGGACAGUGUGAAGGCUGCACAUCCUUACAUGAAACUCUGGGAGAUAGGUAGAAUCAUCGGUGGCAUGUGGAGGGACUUGCCCGAAUCAGAGAAAGCUGGAUUUGUUGACGAAUAUGAAGCAGAGAAGUCGGAGUACGAAAAGAGCUUGAAGGCGUACCAUAAUUCGCCUGCCUACUUGGCGUAUGUGGCGGCGAAAAAUAAGGCAGUAGUAGGUAACUUGGAAGAGGAGAGCUCUGGCAAGAAGGGAAGCUCACAGAAGGAGCAACAGCAACAAGACAGGAGGAUCGAUAUACAACCAGCUGAAGAUGAAGAAGAUCAAGACGAGGGUUUAUCAGUGAAACACGUUUCGUACGCUCGGUACUUGCGCAACCAUCGUCUCAUCAACGAGAUAUUCUCGGACACGGUCGUGCCGGACGUACGGUCCGUCGUUACCACCGCACGGAUGCAAAUCCUUAAGAAACAAGUGCACUCUCUAACUAUGCACCAGAAAAAACUAGAAGAUGAACUGCAACAAAUUGAAGAGAAAUUCGAAGCCAAGAAACGGAAGUUCAUUGAGAGCAGUGAAGCAUUCCAGGAGGAAUUAAAGAAGCAUUGCAAACCGGCUGUAGACGACGACACCUUCCAGCGAAUGGUGGAACGCGCUCUAGAACAAAUGAGACGCGGCAUCAACCCCGCCACGCAGCCGUUGUCGCUCAAUGUCGCUGAGAGGAAGGACGAGCCAAUGGAAACUGAACAGGUUCAGAUAAAAAGCGAGACGAAUGGUCCUAACCCACCAACACAAGUGGACAAAGUAUCCACCACCGAUGUGAAACCAGACGGAAGCGUCACAACUGAACUGAACAAGACAGAUGACAAUAAGAAAGAGCAAGAGAACCCUGAAGAAGGUGAACGCAAGGAGGAAAACAGGAUAGAGAAGGUGGAGAACAAGGAGCCGGCCGCACCUCAUCCACCGGUACAACACGUUGCAUCACCACCACAUCACCCUAUGAUGAUGCCUCCGAAUCCUAAUGCUCCUCCGGCACAUCCAGGACCACCGCACGCCGGUCCACCGCCGCCGCCAGGUGGUUACGGCGGAGCGUACGGUGGCCGGUACUACGGGGGUUAUCAGGCCGGGUUCCCGCCCUCCUACCCGCCGCACUACUACCCCGGCGGGCCCGCCCCCGGCCCCGACCACUACCACCACGCGCCCCAGCACAUGCCCCCCGGCUCGAACGCCCCCGCCGCCCCACCGUCACACCACGACCCCAAACCGGAUGAGCCACCUGCUAAAAAGGAAUCUGAAUGAUUAUCGCCGAAACGCGUCGUCAAACGACGGCGCAAGUCCUCGUCGAAGGACGCCCAAUGAGCGCGUCCGCGUUUUAACCGUCUGCUCUUAUAAGACAUAUUUUUCCAUAUGAAGUGCUACUACGGACAUCAUACAUUUUUAAGUGAAAAUGGUCUGCAUGUGUGUUCUGCAAUAAGGAUGAUGCCCAGGUAAAAAAAAAACUAUUUAGUCCAUCAGUCUGAUCACAGAAAAAUAUUAGAUAUGUAUUAUUUUUACUAAGUUCAACAAGAAACAGCUUAUACAGAGUACAAAUAGUAAGUUCUAAAUUUAAUAACAUUCACAUGCACCUUGAUAGGCAUGUCAAUAUAGAAAGAUAGAUAGGUCAGAUUUAUUUGGGAGCUAGCUACGUCCGUUUUGUAGAAAAUGUACAAAGCGUUAUGUGACAUUUCAACUCAAUGUUUCACCGUAAUUUAAUAUUUACGAAAAAAAAUACCUACUUGUUUAAUAUUUUUCUACAAUCAACCUAAUGGACAAACAAAAAAAAAUUUUGUCUUCAUCCCUAUUGCAGAGUUUAAGAUGCAUUUUCAAAAGCUGGUCAUCGGAUGAGUGACAAAAAAUUUAAUAUCCUCUUUAAAACUGUUAGUUACGGGCCGUUCUUGCCUCUCUUCCGCGAGGAAGGCCUGUGAGGCAUAGGCUGAUGAUGAUGUUAGAAGUAUAUUUGUUAAAAUCAAUAAAUAUUGUUAGUGAUAGAUAUAUGUAGUGGGCUUCUUUUAUAGAUUAUAAUUAUAGAUAGCAUUAAUAUUAGUCUAGGGAAUAAUAAUGGCACUUGGUGAAUGUUCUCUUGCGCAUAACAUUUUCCACUUCAGACAAUCAAUGAAGGUACUAUUAAAAUUUCAAUAAUCAUAAUGUGUAUAAAACAAUGCAUUAAGUUUCUAUCUCGCUCAUACUCGGCGAGGGUCAGCUUGGAUCUUUGUGAUACUUUAAUAUUUUUUUUUACAUUCAGUAAUUUAGUAUUCUGCGCAAGUACUUCAAUGAGCCACAAGUUUUAUUUUACUGUAAUGAUAUUGUUAAUUUGGCACCUCUUCUCAUUCUAACUGGUCAAUCAGUCUAAAAUUUUUAAUGUGUUCUGUAAGUCCAUGUAGUUAGAAAUUGGUAAUUCGAAAUUUGGCUGAAUUUUGUAAAUAACAAUAUGUAAUAGAGUCGACAGAAUUAUAGUUGAAGCAAAGUAGUCAUUAAAAGAUAGAUAUAAGUUACAACAGCCAACCUUUUAUUAUAUUUAUUUUUAAUUAUUUAUGUCUUCACAAUAACAUAAUUUAGAAAUAAUGUGAAAUGUAUUUUAUUAACGACAAAAAGUUUUAGCAACAACAUUAACAUUUUAAUGAGAUUUGUGGUACUGGGAACACUACUUAAUACCUAGUACUGGUUAGUUAAAAAUGUGUAACUUCAAAUGGGCUAGUAACAAGGUGCCUGGCCACAGGUUGAGUAUUGCCAAGUUAGAAUGUGAAUAAACUUAAAUUAUAAAACGAGCACUAUUUUAGGUAAAUAUUUUAUUGAUACAUAAAUGACAUAAAAACUGACUAUAAAGAAUAUAUAGCAUGAAUUAUACUUGAUUUAGAUAACUAUAUUAUAAUUAAUAUCCGGUAAUAUUCUGUAAAAUAUAAGUUUUAUCUAUUUUUAUCAGUUUGUAUUCUGUUACUAUUCUUUCCAAACUGUAUUAUUAUUGGUCGACCAUUCAGUAUAGUGCCGUUGACCUCUUCAAGAGCCCGUACUGCUAGUGCUUCAUCUGAAAUGUAAAAUAAAUUAAUUAAGAAAUAUCCUUGUUUAUUUUUAUUUUAUACUAAUUUUUUUAAAUACAUAGACAAAUGCAUUAUACCUAUCUAAUAAAUACACACAUAUUAUUUUAAAUGUUUUAUCAAAAUAUAAUCCAAGACAAUUCACUCACUUUGAAAAGCUACAAAAGCUUGCCCUCUCAUGCGUCCAGACAUCAAUCUAACGUCUAUGGGACCACCAUUAUCUUGUGCAAAGCGUUUAAACAAUAACGAAAGUCUGUCUUGUGUUAAUGAUGGCGCAAUAUUCUUCAGAUACAAAACCUGUAGAGAAAAGUUGAAAUUAAAUUAUCUCUUGUUUAUUAUUAGAUUUAGUAAGUUUUGCAUUCACAAUGCCAGAUCAAUAUUUAUAAUGUAGAAAAAAUACUUCUAAUCCUGAUUUCUAAGAUGAGAUUCAUUUCUAUUAUCCUUUUUGCAGAGGAAAUCU